UCCUUCGGGUUACUAUGACGCUAACUUUGAAGCGGCUUCUAUUGGAUACUAAUCCACGCUCCGAACGGUUCCUGUGACAAUAGUCGCGGCUAGCAAGAUGCCGCCUGCGGAGAUGUGCGUUGCGAUAUUUAGGAUGGCAUAGCCGCUGCGAGAUUUGACAUCUUCUCGACUUAGUUGUUUCUCCUCAUUCAACCAAAAGCACCGCAGUGUGCUAUGUCUCCAUCAACUGACCGGAAGCGCGCCGUGCGCAUUGCAGGAUGCUCAGGUGGCUUCACAGACAGAUCGAUGGCCAUCACGCGGAUGGCCGGUGAUCCUGAAGUCGAUGUGGUUAUGGGGGAUUGGCUUUCUGAAAUGACAAUGACCGUUCAUGGCAGUGGCAAAGUAAAAAGAUUAGCAUCUGCCGAAGACCAAGCCAAACUUCCGCUAGAAGAACGGAAGAAGUCCGCCAUGUACGCCGAUACCUUCAUCCAAUGCUUUGAGCCUGCAAUUCCAAAUCUUGUCAGAAACAAGACUAAACUCGCGGUCAAUGCGGGUGCGUCAGACACGGAAUUGCUGGCUGAAGUUGUCAUCGAUAUGUUGAAGAAGCAGGAUGCGGGCCACCUCAAAGUAGCCUGGAUUGAGGGCGACGACGUAACAGGGCAAGUGAAUAGUUUAAUUGAAAAGGGCGAGAAGUUCGAGAGCUUGAUGCACGGCAAGAAAUUAGAAGAGUGGGGAAUGGACCCGAUAUGUGCGCAAGCGUAUCUGGGAGGCCUUUGCAUUGCGGAAGCGUUCAAGCAGGGUGCCGAUAUUGUGAUAGCAGGAAGAGUAGCCGACGCUGCACCAGUUAUAGGCGCUGCGGCAUGGUGGCAUGACUGGCAGAACGACCAGUUCGAUCAACUCGCUGGAGCACUUGUUGCUGGUCAUUUGAUUGAAUGCUCAUCUUACGUCUGCGGUGGUUACUACUCCAUGUUCAAAGACCUGAUCAAGACCGGAAAACAUGUAAAUAUGGGGUUUCCGAUCGCCGAGGUCGAAUUCGACGGAACUUUCAAUAUCGCGAAAGAAAAGGAUAGUGGCGGCUGUGUGACUGUCGCAUCAUGUGCUUCCCAGUUACUCUAUGAGAUCCAGGGUCCUUUAUACUACAAUUGCGAUGUUACUGCAGAUCUCACAGGUAUCAAGAUGGUACAGAUAGGAGAAGACCUUGUGCGCGUCACAAAUGUCAAGGGCCUUCCACCACCCCCAACAACAAAAGUUGGAAUCACGGCCCCUGCGGGAUUCCAAUGUGAAUGGCAUUUCUUCAUGUGUGGACUUGACAUCGAGGAGAAGUGUAGGAUUACCGAAGAUCAGAUUCGAUAUGCCAUGGGAGAGAACAUCAAUCGAUUCAGCACACUCAAAUUCCACCAGAACGGAUCAUCCCCCAUCGACGCCUACAACCAGGAUGUGGCAACCGUCGACUUCCGCUGCUUCGCGCAGACAUCUGAUCCUGAGGUUGUGCGUCCAGAUAUCCCCAACGGCUUCAAUCGCUGGUGUCUUGAAGUUUUUCUGCAAUCUGCGCCUGGCCUUUCGCUCUCAAAUGAUCUGCGCCAGAUUGUGCCGAAGCCGUAUUAUGAAUACUGGGUGACGCUGCUGCCCCAAACAGAGCUUCCUCUGAAGGUACACUUCGAAUGGGACAACAAGAAGUCGCUUGAGCUUCCUGCGCCCAGAGUUACAAAGCAAUAUAGUAGACAACAGGAAAGUUACGAUACCGCUUCGCCGGCUGACUUGUGUUCCUUUGGAGAAACGGUUCGGGCGCCUCUUGGAUACAUAGUCGCAGGGCGAUCUGGUGACAAAGCAUCAGAUUGCAACUGUGGAUUUUUCGUUCGUGACGAUGACGAGUGGGACUGGUUGAGGAGUUUCAUGACAAUUGAGCGCGUAAAGCAAUUGCUAGGGCCCGAGGAGUACAAAGGCAAGCCGAUCGAUCGAUUUGAGAUACCAGGUAUCCGGGCUGUGCACUUCCUCCUCCACGAUCACCUGGACCGGGGCUACAAUGCCUGUAGUAAUUACGAUACGCUGGGAAAAAAUGCUAUGGAAUACAUACGCGCAAAGACCGUCGAUCUUCCCAAGAAAUUUCUCGAUCGCGGCAAGAUAUGAGGU